CAUUACAGUCAAUCAGUCAAGUGCUAACCAAGAAGAUAACCAGAGGAAAGGAAUAAUCACAGUUUAAGAAGUAAGCUUGGUUGCAACUUGCAAGUGUCGAGUACUUGUGUAUCCAAUUCGGGGUAGGCCCACAAUUCGAUUAGCCCGAAUCUGCUAAUUCUUCAAGAAUGAGGCCCAUGAUUUGGGUCCAUCCAGGCCCAAAUUGUCAAUUCGUCUCCGGGUUUUUACUUUCUUUCACCUCUCGCUUUCCAACUGAACUCUGUUCAUGUCUCCUUCUAAUUUGUAAUUUCCCAAUCUUUUUCAUUUCCCGCGGUCUCGGUUUCCUUCGCCGGUCCGUAGAUGGAGACGAAGAACGCUAGUAAAAUUGCAAGGGAAGAGACGGGAGUCGACGGCGACGACAGGCUCAGCUCUUUGCCGGAAGAAAUCAUCUCCCACGUUCUCUCUUUCCUGGAAACCAAGUACGCCGUGGGAACCGCCGUACUGAGUCGACGGUGGAAAGAUCUCUGGGCUAGGGUUUCCAGUCUCGAUCUCGACAGCGGCUUGGUUUUCAAGCCUCUGAGCUUGGAGACAGGCCUCAAAAUCUCGCCGGAUCCUGCUUCAGCGUUUCGCGCGAGAGAUUUGGAAUUCAGCCGCUUCGUCGACAGGGUGCUGAGCCAGCACAAGAAUCUCGAUUCUCUGAGGCGUUUCCGCUUCCAUUUUUCAGUAACGUGGGAAAUUCUGCCCCCGCCUGAUUUUCGGUUUACGAGGGAAUUCGUGUUUGGUCCUCUGCUUGAGGAGAUUGAUGUUAUGCUUUCAGAGGAGACCACGGAGUUCGGGCUUCCCCAAUGUAUGCGCCGCAUUCCGCAUAGCUUCUAUACUUUGAAGAAUCUGAAAAUUGCGAAGCUUGAAAGGGUUACACUGAGUGCACCAAAAGGGUCUGUUCUUCUUCCCUGUAUGAAGAUCUUACUGCUCGUGCAUGUGAGGAUGAUGGAGUUCGAGACACUGGUCAGGCUCAUAGCUGGUUGCCCUGUUCUGGAGACUGCUCAUCUGGUAAACUGCAUCCCUUCUUACACUACUGAGAAUGACAUACUCGAUGUUUCCUUACCAUGCUUGAAGAACUUGAAGAUUUGGGAUUAUGACGAUGUUUGGGAAAGGAAACAAAGGAUGUGUCCCGUGGUAAUCGAAGCACCAAAUCUUGAGCAACUAUAUUUUGAUGUGCUUGGAGACUUCCCGUUUAAGGGCAGGAGACCAUUGCCAUGCCUCCAGACAGUAUAUGUUGCUGUCGAUGACCGUGGAAGGGCGAGCCAUUCCCUGGCUGGGUUUCUCUCUCGAAUCUCCAAUGCCAAGGAAAUCAGCUUAUUAGGGAAGACUCUGAGUCAUCUAUCAGUUGAAAAAAAUGUUCAAUUGCCUGACUUGCCCAAUUUGACACAUUUGGUAAUCGAAAUUGAGGGCAGCAGCUGUGUUCUGCGCUCCUUGCUCAACUCAGCCACCAAAUUACAAUAUGUUUACAUUGUCAUGGGGAAUUGCAGCGGACCAGUGGAGUGCGAUUGGAGGUCGCAACCAGCUACAGGGCCUGAGUGUUUCUUAUCAAGCCUCCGUGUAAUCACGAUCUACGAUUUUGUAGCAGUUGAAGCCCAGAUUGCAAUGGUUGCAUAUUUCCUCACUGCUGGAGCUAUCCUGGAGAAGCUGAUUCUGCAUUUUUAUAGUAAUGACACAGAUGGCUACAAACCUCUUGUACCACUGCUAAACAGUCCAAGAAGAUCAAGCUCUUGUGAGAUUCGUCUUUUUCGUCCCAACAAGGAGGAGAUCCAUAUCGAGCAACCAUAAGACAAACAUCGAACAGGACAUGAUGAUGAUUUCUGCCGACAUUGAUGACUCAGACAAACAAGGUUGACCUGAGCGAUGAUGAAGAGGCUUCUUUGAAGACUGCAGGCGAGCAGAAUGAAUGAAGCCGCUGAAUAACAUGAUGAACUUAUG